CUUUCCAACACAACGUUUUCUGCCGCGUGAUCCCUUCCCGGCGCAUUUAGACUUUGGACAGCUUUUGACGAGAACUGAGGGAGCCGACAAGAUGGAUCGAGGUCGAAGAAUCGAGUAUCCUGAGGGAGAGGUUACGAAGUUUGGGGCAGGGGAAUCAUACCGACCAGCUGCUCAUGCUAGACCUCGCUCUCCACCGAGGGGCGACACGUUUAGAUCUGAUAGAGAUCGAUCACCCAGAAGAGAUAGAGCCAGAUCGCCACCUGGUGGUGACAGUUAUCAUCCAGGCGGCCGACGUCGAUCAAGAACACCGCCAUACAGAAGAGAUAGAACUCCUCCAAGAGAUUCUGCAAGCUGGCGCUCAAGAGCCAGGUCUCCCCCACGUGCCAGAAGUCCGCCCCGAAGAUAUUCUCCUAGAAGAGAUGACGAUCGAAGAGACAGGAUGAGAUCUCCGAGAAGAGAUGAUAGGAGAAGGUCCAGGUCACCGUACGACCGUGAUCGAACCAUUCCACGUGGUAGAUCACCUGGCCUCUCCCGUAGAUCAAGAUCUCCACCUGCUGGUCCAAGAGGGUCCUGGCGGGGGCGUUCACGAAGCCCUGUCCGUCGAGAUGACCGUAUUCCCACUGGACCAAGCUCUGCAAACUGGAGACGCCGAUCACCUUCUCCGGUAGCUCGCGAUUCAGAACGAUCAUCUGGUAGAACAUCUGGGAAUAACUCUCGUCGUUCCUCACCCCACAUCCAUCCAAGUCGGUUAGCACUGACCCAAGGUGCAAUUGGAGAUUUGAGACCUCGUUCGCCACCUCGUGCUCGAUCUCCAAUGCCAAUUGCCUAUAGGGAUAGAGAGCGUGAUUCCGCGAGAUCAACUCCUCGGGAGCGCUCCCCUGUCCGACAUCUGGCUCCAAAGUCACCCCCCAAAGGACCUGCUGGAUUUAGAGCACCGACUGGUCCCAGCCGAAACUUCACCGCGCCUGUUCGUUCCCCUCCCAUAUCCUCGUCUGUUGCACCCCCUUCCACCAGCCCCGGCGUUCCUCCUGCGGGUCCUCGAGGAUACGUCCCCCCUGUUCGCGGCUCAUAUAAGGGGAGAGGUGGAAGAAGCUCCUUCGGCAGCGAUCGACAAAGCCGCCCGGAUUCUUCUUCAUGGGGAGCAGCGCCUCAAAGCCGCAUAGCUGCAGAAUCUCCAAGUGGAAGCACUCCUGUCAGCCGUCCUGCCCCAUCUACAUCCCCAUCAAUCCCGUCCGGGCCAACGACCCCCGCAGUUCCCACUGCCCCAGCCAGCGGUAUUCCUACUGGUCCUCGUGCAGGGGCUGGCAUCCCCUCCCGGCCAGCUCUUCAACACUCAUCCAGUGUCUACGGCACCCGAACCCAAUCUGUCAGCGCACCCUCAGGCCCUCGUCCUCAUCCCGCGAUGGCAAACCUCCCACAAAUCAUCCCUGGAGGUAGGAUUGAUCCAACAGCUUCAGGUAUUCCACCCGAGAUCGCAGCACGACUGAAGAAGCGAGAGGAGGAAGCAGAGAUCCUGAGAGCGGAAAACAAUUCCAAGCAGGAGAAACUCCGGAAGAGCCUGAAGACUUGGGAUAAGUUACAAAGAGAUAGUGCGAGCAUGGGACUUAGAAGCGAGUUGAGCGAGCGUCACGUUAGGAUGUUGGCAGGUGAAGGCGUGGGCGGUGCUGCAUUCUAGUUUAAAUGCUUGACUUAAUAAUUGAAGACCUAAUAGGCUUUGCUUAUGACCGUCCUCGACAGUCAAGGAGCAAACCUCGGAUUAGGAUGUCCAUGUAUGCAUGAAUGAACGGUCGAUUAGCAUCAGCAAGGCGUUGGGCUGUAGUGAUACCAAGGUCCGUUAGUUUUAAUAUUAGACAAAAGUUGUGUACGAGUAGUGUACGAGUAGUGUAUGAAUAGGUUUUCUGUCAGGCUUGCUUUCUGGUCAUUGGAAUUAGGGG